GCAAAGAGCCAAUCGGACAUUUGGACACGCACACGCGGUGCAUAAUAAGGAGGACUUGAUGACUCGCACACAUCAUUUGCACACUGGCCCGCCACUGGAUCUCUGCACGGUGCGGGUGCUUUGCCUACUGUCGUUUGCCAAAUGCCCGCCAGCAGCCGUCCUGAUGCCAAGUGCCCAGCUGGCACCGCGGAAGAGUCACGGGCGUCGACGGAGGAUGUGUUCGACGACACCUACGCGGAGAAAGUAGGUCCCAAACCCCGCAGGACCCUGGUGUGGAGGAACAUCUGGCUCAUGGCGAUGCUGCACGCCGGCGCAAUCUACGGAGUCUUCCUCAUCCCCAGCGCUCGCGGACUCACGCUGGCUUGGACUGCCGUGUGCUUCUUCAUCAGCGCCCUCGGCGUAACGGCCGGCGCGCACAGGUUAUGGAGCCACAGAUCCUACAAGGCUUCACCGGCCCUGCGAGUCUUCCUGGCUCUGGCCAACUCAAUGGCCUUUCAGAACGACAUAUACGAGUGGGCGAGGGACCACCGCAUUCAUCACAAGUAUUCGGAGACGGACGCCGACCCCCACAACGCCAAGCGGGGCUUCUUCUUCGCGCACAUCGGCUGGCUCCUGGUUCGCAAGCACCCCGACGUCGUCGAGAAGGGCCGAAAACUGGAGCUGUCCGACCUCAAGGCCGAUAAAGUGGUCAUGUUCCAAAGACGGCACUACAAGCUCUCUGUGUUGCUCUUGUGCUUCCUGGUCCCCAUGUUGGUUCCCUGGUACUUCUUGGGCGAGUCCCUCCUGGUGGGCUACUUCCUGCCCGGCUUGCUGAGGUACACGAUUGGGCUCAACGCCACCUGGCUGGUCAACAGCGCCGCGCACAUGUGGGGCAACAGGCCCUACGACCACACCAUCAACCCCAGGGAGAACAGAAUUGUCGCCUUCAGCGCCAUAGGGGAAGGCUUCCACAACUACCACCACACGUUCCCCUUCGACUACGCCACCAGCGAGUUCGGCUGCAGGCUCAACCCGACCACCGCCUUCAUCGACCUCAUGUGCUUCCUGGGUCUGGCCGGCGAGCGCAGGGCGGCGUCCAAGGAGAUGAUAGCGGCCCGCGUGCAGCGGACCGGCGACGGCAGCGCUCAAAGUGGCUGAGUUCCGGAACGUAGCGGCACAUUCUGGUGAUGAUAAGGAUGAUGAUGAUUAUUAGGAGACGCACAGGCAGUACGUUUUUACUCAAAUACCAGAUCAACAGUAGACCGGAAGACAAUAGGGAGGCUAAUUGGGAUUCCUUUUUGUUCCUUUUCCACUGCACAGUGCUGACUCACUAAUGGCAUUUUUCAACAAGGUACUGUUUGGAGUACGUGGUCGUUUAAUGGUUGGAUGGAUUCGUAAUUGGGACAUUUGAGGGUAAACAGCUAGAAAAGACAAAGAUUAAAGAAACCUGCUCACGUUAGGCCACAGGAACUAAAAACAGGAGACCUUAAUUAGCCUUUGUCUCACUUUGACUGAUGCGUUCAGCGCGGCCUGGUUUUUCUAGUUCCCGAGCCAAGUUGGUAUUGUGCAGUGAUUGAAGCCUCGAUUGCAAAUGAAUUAAUUUAUAUGAUAUUUAUUAGCAAUCUUUCCCAGUUUAGAAACUUAAUUAUGUUUAUGAUUAAGAACAUGUCCAUUACUAUAUUUUGUGAGCUGUUUUUUAUUUUUAUUUUAUUUUUUUUGCUGUACAUGUUUUUCCAUUGGAGAACGCGAGUGAUUUUUUUUGUCUUAAAUCUUAAAGGUGACAUAUUAUGCAUUUGUUUUCACAAUUUAAAACAGUUCCCAGUCAUCACAAUACCCCAAGGAGAGAUAAUUGCAUCACACUUUGCACACCCUCUUUUUGUCCCAUUGGCGAAGGCGGCCCUGUCUCAUGCCGGCGAGGCAGCCCCAAUCCCGCCUCAAAUACUGCUGUACCAAUGGCGAGUACAGAUUGUAUUACCAUGCGUGACGUGUUUUUUUCCCCCCCCUGGUUGAGGCGCAACUUCAACAGGAAUCCACAAAGGUACCCUAAAUUACUGUGGCGCAUGCAGCAGACGCAUCACCAAACACACAUUGCCCCCCCCCCCCCCCCCCCCACACCCUACUGCGUCGAUAACUUCACGGCGCAAUCUAGUAUCGAGCACUGUCAGAAUAAAAAAUGAAAAUAAAAAAUUAACAUCCGAUUAAACUCAAGGGCACUCUGCUGACCUUUUAGCUAAUGUAGCGCUUCAGACAGUGUAGUCCGGCAGCGGACUACACUGUCCUCGCUUGAAGGUAUCUCUGGAUCUUCACCCUGCCAAGCUUCCAAGUCAUGGGCAGAGAGUGUGGAAGGCACUUCGUUAGUAAAUUAAAGAAGUGCAGGUUGGUACAUUUGUGGAAAAUGGAGAUAACCCAUCAAUCAAUCGCCAUCUACAGGGACAUUGUAGUAUUGCACAAAGGUGUCCAACUAUUAAUUAAAAAUCUUAAAAAUCCACGAUAUAGCGGGGGAUCACUGCAGUUGGCCAAAUUUACAUAAUAUGUCCCCUUUAAGCUUUUGGUAUUUUUGUAUAUAUAUUUGUUUUUUACAUUAGAAUGCAUUGUGACAAGCAAUAGCUUUACUAAACCACAGCAUGAGCUGCUGUGUUCAAGAUUAACAUCUCCCAGCCAUCGAAACCAACUGACGUCUUAUUUGUCGUCUUUUCAACUAACAUGAAUGGAAAAUAAAUGCCUACGUUGUGCUUCAACCCCAAAAAGAGUCGAUGAGUUUAUCUGCGCCAGCGCGGAAAUCUUUCCCUCAUAUAUGUUUAUGCUGUUAUUUUUGAUUUGAAGAUAAAAGGUUCACCCUCAGAUAAAAACGUCAGACACGCGGUGCAGCAAACCAUCUCGCAGUCACGUGCGGAAGUUUAAUGCGACAUCUACUAAUAUAAACAGAAGCGCAAAACAUCCAAAUAGAUCAUUGUUGCUUUAUUGUACCCGUUUGCAAGUGACGAGUAAAGUGAUGGACAUUUUUUUUUUUUUUUUUUUUACAGUGUUAACUGAUGGAGGGACAAAAAAUGUCACUACUUAGUAAUAAACACAAUGAACAAGUA